CACGAUGAGAUAUCAGUGCUUACGGAGCACCCGCGCGAGUGAGACACCCGAAAGUUCAGUUCUCAUCUUCGAGGCGCGCGCGAGCAUAAAUACCUACGGCGACCAUGAGCGAGCCUCAGUCGAAGAAGACGAAGAUCAUGAGCUCGUUGAACCAGCUGAAGGACCUCACCACGGUGGUCGCCGACACCGGCGACUUUCAAGCUAUGGAGCAAUUUAAGCCCACAGACGCAACGACGAAUCCCUCGUUGAUCCUCGCUGCCGCUAAUCAAAAGAAGUACGCUCAUUUAAUUGAGAAGGCCGUGGAAUGCGGCAAACAGUCCGGGUCUACUUUAGCCGAGCAAGUUGAAGCAGCCCUCGAUAUCACCUGUGUUUUCUUCGGCAAAGAGAUCUUAAAUAUAAUACCCGGGAGAGUUUCCACAGAAGUGGACGCCAGAUUGUCCUUCAAUAAGGAAGCCAGUAUCGAGAAGGCGAAAAGAUUGAUCGCUCUGUACGAAGAGCUCGGAGUGAGCAAGGAACGCGUCUUGAUUAAGCUUGCGUCGACCUGGGAAGGCAUCCAAGCGGCGAAAGAAUUGGAGGAAGAAUAUGGAAUUCAUUGCAAUCUGACGCUGCUGUUCUCCUUUGGUCAGGCCGUUGCCUGCGCGGAAGCUGGAGUUACUCUCAUUUCGCCGUUUGUUGGACGAAUCCUCGACUGGUACGUGGCAAAUACAGAUAAAAAGUCUUAUAAAGCAAAGGAGGACCCGGGCGUUGUUUCUGUAACGCAAAUUUACAAUUAUUAUAAGAAGUUUGAUUACAAAACGGUCGUGAUGGGUGCCUCGUUCAGAAACGUCGGUGAAAUUAGGGAACUCGCCGGCUGUGAUUUCCUUACUAUAAGUCCUAAGUUAUUGGAAGAAUUGGAGGAGAGCGACGAGCCCGUGCGCAAGGUACUGAGUGUGGAAUCGGCGAAGAAGUGUGACCUUCAAAAGAUUAGCUUGGACGAGGCCGAAUUUAGAUGGCUUUUAAACGAAGACCAAAUGGCGACCGAUAAGUUAAGCGAAGGCAUUCGCAAAUUCGCCAUUGACGUGCGCAAGCUUGAGAAGCUGCUGCAGGAAAAGAUUCAGGGUUAAACUGACGGGGCUAGAGUGACAGCAGAAACAUGCUCGACGAUGCAUUUAGAUAUGUACAGCGACAUAAUAUAAUUUACAAGGGCAUAAUACAUUGAAUGUACAAAUACAUUCCUGUUAUUCACAUAUCUGUAAAGUAAUUAUUUUUAAUAAUCACAACUUGUGUGUGAAAAAUGUGAAGAAAAAG